UACUUCUAUAUGGUUUAGAAGCUCUAGAUCUAUUUCUUUAUUUUUCUUGAUCAUAGCAUCAAAAACACACUACUCUUUUUCUCUUUCUUUCUUCAAAUCAAAAGAAACAAAACAUUAAGAAGAUUAAUGGAAGCACAAACUCAAGGAGGUGCAGAAGUUAGAAGACUUCAUAUCAUAUAUUUUCUCAGUAGAAAAGGUCGUAUUGAACAUCCUCAUCUUAUCAGAGUUCAUCAUUUUUCUAGAAAUGGCAUUCGUCUCCGAGAUGUUAAGAGAUGGUUGGGAGAAUUGCGAGGAAAAGACAUGCCUGAAUCUUUUGCUUGGUCAUACAAGAGGAAAUACAAGACAGGAUAUGUAUGGCAAGACUUGUUGGAUGAAGAUCUCAUUACUCCUAUCUCCGAUAAUGAAUAUGUCCUUAAAGGAUCCGAAGUUUCUAAAGAUGUUACAUGUGGUGAAAAAGGAGUACUAGCAACCAUGCAAAAGGAACAAACCAAUCAAGAAGAUCAUAUUCAAGAUCCAUUCAUGGAUUCAUCAAAGAAAACCCCAUCAGAGAUUGAAGAAGAAUCUCAAAACAUUGCCUCUGAAACUUCCACACUCACCACAGAUUCACCAAAAUUCCAAGAAGAAGAAGAAAAAGAUUCAGAAAACAAAACGAAACAAGAAAAAGUUAACAUCUUUGAGAACAAUUCUUCUUCUUUUUCUUCUUCCUCUUCAUCUUCAUUUGGCUCAAAGAAAACCAAGAAGAAAACUGAGGAUCAUGUUAAAGAAAAUGGAGAAAAGAUUAGUACUACUCCUAGUUCAGAAAAGCCAUCGAAAAAUCCAAGUUUUAAUAAGAGUAGAAGUUAUUCAAAUGGAGCUUCAAGUAUUUUCAGGAAUUUGAUCACUUGCGGAGCUGUGGAUACAAAUGAUUCUGGAAUCAUUCCAAUUCGAAAAAGUAGGCCUUCCUUUAGUAGCUCUGGUGAAAAAGCAGUGAGUUUUUCGUCUGAGAUUUAUAAAGCUGAGAAAGUUGGAGGAUCUCAAAGGAUUUUUGGGACUGCUUGGAAUCAACAGCAUCAACAUACUAAUGGAAGGAAAAGUUGUGAUGGGGCAUACAGUUCGUCAAAGAACAAAAAUGAAUUUGGUAGUCGUAGAUCAGUUUCUGCUAAUUACAAGCCAGUCAAUGUACCCAAUUGCUCGCAAUGUGGAAAGCCAUUCAAGCCAGAGAAACUUCAUACCCACAUGAAAUCCUGCAAAGGGAUGAAAGCUCUGGCAAAGGGUUCUAAUUCUGCUACUGAGAAGACUUCCAAAGAUGCAUCAAAAGUGGAUUCUGUUUCUGGAACCUAUUUGACUCAUUAAUUAAAUGCCAGCUUUCAUUUUUUUAAAUUAUCUUCUUCAACUUCUUUUUGAAUUAGAUUUAAGUUUUUUAUUAAAACUUUGACAAGCCUUCUGUGUAAAUUUUUGAGUAAGAAGGUCCACAGGCAAAAUUCCAUGCAAUUCAAGAAUGUAGAAGUCAAGUCUCCUUUA